AUGAUCAGCCUUGGGGGGGCACGAUUGACAAAUGUGUUGCUGACUGCGGGGUCUGUGCCGAAGGCAGCAUUCCAGAUGUUGCCCAACAGUUUCGGGCGGGUUCCAAACUGUUGGCAAGUUGGCUUCAUGACUGGCAACCAGGGUUUAAUCUGGGAAGGGACAAGUCAUGCCUGUGGGAAAUUUGAGAAUAAAUUCCUGGAGGAUUUAGCCCCUGGUACUCAGCCACCAUUUCUACUGUAUGAGAACGAGGUGAAGACUGACACGAACAAGAUUGAGGAGUUCCUGGAGGAAAAUCUCUGCCCUCCCAAAUAUCCUCGACUGGCGGCCAGGAAUCCAGAAUCCAACACUGCCGGGAGUAACGUUUUCUCCAAGUUCUCGGCCUACAUCAAGAACCCCAAUCCUGGCAUGAAUGACAUGUUGGAGAAGGGUCUGGUGAAAUCCUUGCUGAAGCUGGAUGAGUAUUUGAACACGCCAGUACCUGAGGAAAUUGAUGAGAACAGCGCCGACGAUGUGACCAUCUCCAGCAGGAAGUUCCUGGACGGGAAUCAGCUGACACUGGCCGAUUGCAACCUCUUGCCCAAGCUCCACAUUGUCCAGGUGGUGUGCCGGAAGUACCGAGCUUUUGAGAUUCCUCGGCAGUUCACCGGCAUCUGGAGGUACCUGAAGAAUGCUUACGAAUGUGAAGAGUUUGCGCACACCUGUCCGAAGGAUGAGGAGAUCGAGCUGGCUUACGCUUCUGUGGCUAAGCCCCUCAAAUAGGGAGGAUGGUUGACGGGGAGCAACUUGAAUGAAAGGAGAAGGCGACGUUUUGCUGGGUGUGUAACUCCUGUGAAGUCUCCACCACCGAGUCCAUGUGGCUGCAACACUGUUAGAUUAAAAUCCUUCGUUGUGGUUUAAAAGGAAGUAUUACUUGACCAAUGUUCGGUUUUCUAGCUGCCCUUUGUUUGCUUUCCUGGAGAAUAUCCUGAAAAAUAUAUAUUUAUGUCUAGUCAAA